GCCGCGGCCAAGGUGUGCAAGAGCGCCAACGAAUGCCCAGCUCGAGCAUGCUACAGUACCACGUGCGGUACGUCUGGCUAUUGCGAGUACACGCCACUGGGAGUGGGUGCCAAGUGCCCGGGCCAGAGUUGCACGAACGGGGGCGCUUGCGACGACGACGCCAACGACUAUUGCAACGCCAAAGCCGAAUGCGUCAGUGCGUACAAGCCGGCGCGUACCAAGUGUCCUGGCAAGAGUUGCUCGAACGGCGGCUCGUGCGACGACGACGCCAAUGAUUACUGCGACGACCUUGGCACGUGCGUCACCGAGGUUUGCUCUGGCACGGCCAGCACGUGUCCCGUCGACGCAUUCAAAUCCUCGUCCAUGACGUGCACCGGCACCAACAACGGCAGCCCCUGUGAUGGCCAAGACAUGUGCGACGGUUUUGGUAACUGCGUCGACAAGUACUUGCCAUCCACUACGGUGUGCCGUGCGUCCAAGGGCCAGUGCGAUGAGGCCGAGAUGUGCUCUGGCACGGCCAGCGCGUGUCCUGCCGACUUCAACCCAUGCGACGGUGUUGACAAAUGUGACGGCAAGGGCAACUGCGUCGACAUCUACUUGCCUUCGACGACGGUGUGCCGCGCGUCCAAGAGCCAGUGCGACGUAUCUGAGUUCUGCACCGGAUCGAGUGGCACCUGCCCCGUUGACGCAUUCCAGCCAUCUUCGAUGACUUGCACCGGUACUUCCAACGGCAACCCCUGCGAUGGUGUCGACAAGUGCGACGGAAUGGGCAACUGCGUCGACAACUAUCAGCCGUCGACGACGGUGUGCCGCGCGUCCAAGGGUCAAUGCGACGAGGCUGAAGUUUGCACAGGAACGAGUGGCUUCUGCCCAACCGAUGCCUUUGCGUCUGUGACGACGACGGUGUGCCGCGCGUCCAAGGGUCAAUGCGACGAGGCUGAAGUUUGCACAGGAACGAGUGGCUUCUGCCCAACCGAUGCCUUUGCGUCUGUGACGACGACAUGCUCUGGUACCUGCAACGGCAACCCAUGCGACGGCGUCGACUUAUGCGACGGCAAGGGCAACUGCGUCGACAUCUACUUGCCGUCAACGACGGGCAACUGCAUCGACAAGUACCUGCCGUCGACGACGGUGUGCCGUGCAUCCAAGGGCCAAUGCGACGUAUCCGAGUUUUGCACCGGGAAGAGUGGCACCUGCCCAACCGACGCCUUUGCAGCGAGCUCCACGACGUGCACGGGAACUCAGUCGGGUGGCGCAUGCGACGGAAAAGAUCUCUGCGACGGCAAGGGCAACUGCGUCGACAUGUACCUGCCGUCGACGACGGUGUGCCGUGCGUCGGUGGGUGCCUGCGACGUGGCCGAGACCUGCACGGGUAAAGAGAGCGCGUGUCCGACCGACAGUUUUGCAAGUGCGACCACCAAGUGCUCCGGCUCGAGCACCGGCGGAGCGUGUGACGGCGUCGACUACUGCGACGGUAAGGGCAACUGCGAAGACAAGUAUCUCCCAUCGACCACGGUGUGCCGUCUGUCCAAGGGGCAGUGCGAUAUCGCCGAAUCGUGCACGGGAAGCAGCGGCGCGUGCCCUGCCGACGCGUUUGCGUCUGUGACGACGACGUGCUCUGGCUUGAGCACCGGCGGAGCGUGUGACGGUGUCGACUACUGCGAUGGCAGAGGCAACUGCGUUGACGAGUACCUGCCGACGACGACGGUGUGCCGACCGUCCAAGGGCCAGUGCGAUGUCGCUGAAUCCUGGCACCGGCAAUUCUGGUUUCUGUCCGCGCGAUGGAUUUGCGGCGUCGACCAAGACGGCAACUGCGUCGACGUGUAUCUACCGUCGACGACGGUGUGCCGUCCGUCGGCGAGCGACUGCGAUGCUCCCGAGACGUGCACCGGUACCGGUAGUCAAUGUCCCGUCGACAAGUUUGCGCCGACGACGACCAAGUGCACGGGAACGUGCAACGACAACCCCUGCGACGGACAAGAUUUCUGCGACGGCAACGGCAAGUGCGUCGACAAGUACCUGCCGUCGGGUACCGUUUGCGGUGACACGGCGGCAG